UUUGCGCAAAAGAAAACACAGAUGGAGAAGGCCAGUCGGCUCGCUGUGUCACAGAGAGUCACCUUAAGCCCGUGUGACAACUCCCAUUCUGUCCCUUUGUGACAAGCUUAAUCACUAUAAUGCCCGGUCUCUGCGCGCUUUGUCUCGCCGUCGCGCUGGCUGCGCUCGCCCGGCUCACCGGCUCUGUGGGGCCGGUGGUCCGAUGUGAGCCGUGCGACGCCAACGCGCUGCAGCAGUGCAAACCGCUGCCGAAGGACUGCGCGGAGAGCGUGAGGGAGCCUGGCUGCGGCUGCUGCAUGACGUGCGCCCUCGGCGAAGGACAGGCUUGUGGAGUGUACACUGCGCGCUGCGGCUCCGGCUUGACCUGCAAGCAACAGCCCGGGGAGAACCGUCCUUUGCAAGCUCUGUUGGAGGGACGAGGGGUAUGCACCAGCGCAACAAAAAAACUCAUCAGCUAUCUUAAGCCGGCGCAAAAACAAGAAAAUGCAGGAAAUCAAGUGGACGAUGGCGCCAAUGUGACCUUGACCGUGACUAUCGUGCCUGCUGAGGCAACUGUGAACUGCGGGCACAGCCCAGGGUCAAUGAACACUAGGCCUCCUCUGCACAACACACUUAUCCAGAAGGCUGAAAAUAGGAAGACGCAGAGCUACAAGGUGGAACCUGUGUCAGGAGGAGUCAGUAAGGACAUGCACAACUUCUCCCUGGAGAACAAGAGGGAGACUGAGUAUGGGCCAUGCCGACGGGAAAUAGACAGCAUCAUGAACAGCCUGAAGAUCAACAACGUGCUCAACCCUAGAGGCUUCCGCCUUCCUAACUGUGACAAAAAGGGCUUCUACAAGAAAAAACAGUGUCGCCCAUCCAAAGGCAGGAACCGGGGCUUCUGUUGGUGCGUGGACAAAUACGGGCAGCCUCUCCCAGGCUACGAUGACAAGCAGGGCAAGACAAAGUGCUAUCACCUGGAGAGUAAAUGAGGGGAGGACAGAUGAGACAACCCAUGGAUGGAGAGAAAGAGGGGACGGAGAGAGAGAGGAAAACAGCACAAAAAAGUUGAAAAAAGAAAUGGAACGAAAGAAAUAAGGGAAAGGGAACGAGGACCUGUUUUUGCUCUUGCAUGUAGAUUGAUGUAAACAUUUGAAGGAACUUUGGACCUUUUGUUUUAGGUCCCAUUUCAGGGGUGGGGGGAGUACAAGGAUUAGGGAGAGGAUAGGGGGUGGAGCACAGCCUUCUGUCCUUUACAGCUAUCUGUCCUAUACUUAGGGAACCUCCAUCCUUUCUUUAAAAUAUGUAUAAAAAACAGUUAAGCUGAGACAGAAUGGGAGGAAAGAAUUAAUCCUAUCAUCUGCACUAUUUUUAAAGGGGGAGAGGAAGGAGGGACUUUCCCACUCACUUUAAAGAGGACUUGUUUAUGACUGUGACCCCGCGCCCCCCUCUAAGAAAGUCACACCAACACCAAUCUAUCAUGUGUGUGUUUGUUGUAAGUGUGUAACCGCGAGGUUUGUUUGUCUUUUAAUCCGUGAGCGCCUGCAUAACUUACGUUUUCACAGCUGCCUGUCUGUGCAAGAUGGUGUGUGAGAGCAUGCUUUCCCAAAACAGCUUCCCUUCCUUCAACCCUGCUCCAUCAAACAAUGCAGAAAAAGACAACACCUUCUGGCUCAGGGUCCAUUUAGUAGUGUAAGGUGUAUGGAAUAGCAGAGGUUUUUUUUUCUUUAGCACGUUGACCUCCUUUCUUUGCUGCCUUUUUGCUGUUUGUCACUGAUGUGCAGGGUAGAUGGAUUGAAGGCAAACUGUGCAGUUAAAGUGCCUUAAAAUCUUUAACACCUCCCCUUUCCUUCUUAAUUGCAAGAGACAAGUUAUGUUUCAAAUGUUAAGACUUGAGAAGUCUUGAGAAGACUUGAGAGCAUCCAAUGCAUGACACAUUUCUAGAUUUUUAUAAUUGUUUUAGAACAAAUAGGUAAAUAACUUCUAGCAGAGAUCCAAGGCAUUGCAUCCUCUAUUUAAACAGAUCUUGAAGAAAGGAUAUUAAAAAUACCACCCCAACUUGACUGAUGGAUGUUUGCUGAAUUGAAAAGCCGUCCAAGCUAACCUCAUAGGUUCUCAUGAGUGCAUUUAAAAGCUAGUUUGCUCACUUGAAAUUUUCUGAAACAUCAGAUUUUUUUAUGGUUUUCUAGUAAAAGCAGUGCAAUCUACUUAAAAUCUGCUUGCAUGUUUACAAAUACAACAUUAAUUUUUCUUCCCCGUGUUCUCCCAUGUUCUGUGUUCAUUCUUCUCUCUCAUCUUUCUUGCAGCUCUGAGGUUCUCUAGUCCUUAACCACAUGCCAUUGUCCUCAGCUUGUCCUCUUUCUGUGUAUAUGUAUGUGCCUGAUCCUGAUCAUGAUCUUCUUCCUGUCUUAGUGGUGCAACAUGGUGUUUGCUUGUUUCAGUUAUUUUUUUCUUUACGGGUCAAGUCAGGUGUGACCGUUUUGCUCUGCCACAGGUGCCAGCUGCCCCCUAUGCUUCAAGCACAAGCACUUAUAGCACUUUAGCUGUCCCUCUGCUACGCAGUUCUAGACAAUUGGACCUAUCUGCGUCUGCAUACCUUUCCAUUAUGGUAAUGCCAAAUUUAACAGCGUGUUAUAAGAAAACAAUAAUAUUCCAUUGAGAAAAAGAAAUGAAAGUAAAUUUAUACAAUUCAGGUCCAUUUCUGUGCAAAAGGUUUACAGCAUAUCUUUUUUUUCUUUAACUUACCGGCUGUCAGACUUUCAUGUAAUCUUUUAAAGUGUGUUUGGUCAGCAGUUCUGGUGGCUUUGUAAGACCUUUCUCAGGGCUUUUAAAAAAUGUUCUUUGAAAUUCAACUCAACUGUCCGGUCCUGUUACCUCACCAUGCCAGUAUACUUCUGCGUGGCAUUUUGGGAAAUAGGACAAGGUUAAUACUAGUACUACUAGUACUAACCUGUACUGGUUAGUUAUAACCUAUACUGUUUUAACACCAGAGUACCGUAAAAGGUAAUUAAGGAAUCUUUUGCCUUUGAUCCAUUCUUAUUAACCCGACGGACCCACCAGUGGGUCCGUCGGGUUCUACAGGUUAAACAGUUUUCAUUUUAAUAUUAGAAUUAUGAAAGUUCAGUAAAGUUACAUGAAUGCUUCCCAGCCCACAUUUGUGAUUUUAUGAAACAUAAAAUAUGCAUUUAAAAAAUUCCUAAAUUUUAGUCAUUAAUACAUAAAAUUUGCAAAAAAGAUAUUUUCUGCUCUUUUUGAAUUAAACUGAGUUUUGGUUCAAUGAAAUGGAAACUCCGUUGUUUUAGUGUCUCUGUGGACAAAGUCCAAAGAAAAUCUGUCUGAAUGCCACUCACUUUCUUUUACAGUCAACAUAACCCAGUCAUAACACUUUAACUUGCAAUAUGACUAAAUAAGCCCACAGAAAAACUUUUAGAUAAAUUUAGAAAGCAUUGAGAAAUUCAUCUAAACCACUUUAGCAACAUUGCAAGAAAGUCUUUCUGCUUGGAAGCAAACUAUGAAGUAAAGAAGGGUUGUUUAAAACUUUUGGACUGUAGUGGAACCCAGAUCUACUGGCAACAAAUAUAACAAACAACCCCAUUGGAGUUUUUUCCAUUCAGUGCAUCUAUUUUUUUCUCCUUUGUUUUUAUUGUUGAUGCUUUUGUUUCUUUGAGAAAAUGCUCGUGUGAUCGCAUGCCAACAAAUCUCCACAAGGUGGACACAGCACCAAAAAUGCAUUCACACACAUGGCAGGGGGUCUUAUAGAGGCAGUGCAGUCCUCUCUGUGGGGCUUCCUGCCCCAUGCUGUCCCACAUCCUGUGCACAGACUUGAAAUGUGGAGAGACGGCCGAAGAGAGCCUGCCCAGUAGCUCAGUAGCACCACAUCAACUUAACACACUCAGAUGGUGGCAACUUACAACCAGCCUAUUGGUGCUAAAUCCCAUCUAUUCAAAGACUUGAUUUAAGGGGAGGAACAAACAGAAAACAUUUAAGCUAUUCCCUCCCUAAUAUUUGUACGUGUGUCUUUUUAUAUAUUAUUAUUUUUAUUGUUAUUUUUAGUAAUAUUUCCUGGCCAGCUACAUGUCUGACUGGACAUCAUGUACAGUGCGUAAAAAUAAAAUUAUUUAUCUAUGAAAGAAUUAUAAGCUGAUCCAAAAUUGGUUUUCUUAUGAAGAAUUCAGUGACUCACCGAUUGCACAGCACAGUCUAUAUUAUUCAGUGUAUUUUUGGGGACUAUAAUCACUAAUGAAUGUUUUCUUCUUAAAGAACCAUUUCCUUCUGUUGCUAACCUCCACUCCCUCUCAGUCUGGCAUUCAGGCCAUCCAUGUUCACCAGCCCUUAAGGACAGUGAACCUCUCACAACAUCACUUCCCUCCAUGCACACCCAGCCAUCCUGCCUCCGCCAGUCAGCGCAGAACCAGGGUCACAUUUCUGUUAUGUCACAUUUUAUUCAGUUUUCAAACCAGCUUCUUAAAGCUGAAGCUCUCUCUGUUCACGGGUAUUGUAAUGUUUUAUUCAAGCUUCUCGUGGUACAAGCUACAAAUCACAAAGCUAUUUUUUUUCCAAGAGAGGAAAUGAUUUUGAAUCAGGAUAUACUUUGUAUUUAAUGUCAUUUUUUAAAUAAAAAAAUGAACACAUUUUAAUAA